CACACUUUCCAGUGGUUGUUUGGCUGUGACAUGGGGUCAGAUGGGAGCCUACUCCGAGGGUACGAGCAGUCCGCCUACGAUGGCCUCGAUUACCUCGCACUGAACGAAGACCUGAAAACGUGGACGGCGGCGGACAUGGCGGCGAAGAUCACCCGACGCAAGUUGGAGCGGGCUGGUGUUGCAGAGCUAAGGAGGGCCUACCUGGAGGGCGAGUGCUUGGAGUGGCUCCACAGAUACCUGGAGCGCGGGAAGGAGACGCUGCUGCGCACAGAUCCCCCAAAGGCCCAUGUGACCCAUCACCCCAGAUCUGAAGGUGAUGUCACCCUGAGGUGCUGG